AUGGCCUGGACACAGCCCAGAGACAGCGGGGACAUGGAGGGGACACGGCGGCGAUUUGGGGUCUCCAUUUGCUGGGGGGGGGGAUUUUGGGGUCCCCCCUGUCCUGGGCGGCCCCACGGAGGGGAUGAGGAGGAGGAGGAGGAGGAAGAGGAGGAGGAGGAGGAAGAGGAGGAGGAGGAGGACGAGGAAGCGCUGCUCGCCGAUGAGGACGAAGCCGCCGCCGCCGCCGCCGCGGCCCCCGAGGCGGCCCCGGCCCAGCCCGGCCCCCCCGGGGAGGAGGAGGAGGAGGAGGAGGAAGAGGAGGCGGCCCCGGCCGAGCCCGCGGGGUCGGAGCCGCUGCAGCCGCCGCAGGAGGAGCAGGGAGCGGCGGCCGCGGCCCAGCCUGAGGCGGCCGAGGGAGAAGGCGGCGGCGGCGGCGUGAACGGGGCCGAGCGGCCGCCGGAGGAGGCGCCCAGCGGGGAUGAAGCGGCCGCGGCCGAGGCCAAGGAGGAGGAGGCGGCGGCGGGUGAGCGAUGGGGGAGAGCCGGGACCGGGGGGAACCGGGAGAAGAACCCGGGAACCGGGAAAGGAACCCGGGACCCGGAGGGGAACCGGGAAAGGAACCCCGGGAACCGGGAAUGGAACCACCGGAGCCUCGGGAAUGGAACCCCGGGACCGGGGGGGAACCGGGAGAGGAAACCCAGGAACCGGGAAUGGAACCCCGGGAGCCUCGGGAAGGCAUCGGGAAAGGAACCCCCAGAACCGGAUCCUGGGAAAAAUGGGGGGAAAAUGGGAAAAAAGGGGCGAAAAUGGGGGGAAAUGGGGAAAACCAGGGUAACAAAUGGGAUUUGUGUUGCUGCUGUUCCCUUUUCCUGCCCCAUUCCUGCAUUUUUUGGCCCCCAAUCCCAAAUUGCCCCUCAGGUGUCCCAGAACCUCCCGGGGAAGGAGGGCAGCUCCGAGGUGCCGCUGCUCAGGGUGGGCUGGUCCGUGGACUUCUCCCACUCCCAGCUGGGCGAGGAUGAGUUUUCCUACGGCUUCGACGGGCGGGGGCUGAAGGUGGAAAACGGAAAAUUUGAGGAAUUUGGGGAAAGUUUUGGGGAGAACGACGUCAUCGGCUGCUUCGCGGACUUCGAGGGCCCCGAGGUGGUGGAGCUGUCCUUCUCCAAGAACGGGCAGGCGCUGGGCACGGCCUUCGCGGUGCCCAAGGGCGCGCUGGGCGCGCGGGCGCUGCUGCCGCACGUGCUGUGCAAGGGCUGCGCCGUCGAGCUCAACUUCGGGCAGCGGCCGCAGCCGCUGGCGCCCGUGCCCGACGGCUUCGUCUUCAUCCACGAGCUGCCCGCCCCCGACAGGGUCCGCACGCCAACGGGGCCCAAGAGCACCGAGGAGUGCGAGGUGGGGGGCCGGGGAGGUGGGAUUUAUGGGAUUAAUGGGAUUUAUGGGAUUUAUGGGAUUAACGGGAUUCCCUUUUUCCCCCCAAAAUCCCCAUUUUCCCCCCAGUGCAACGUGUACAACUCGGGGCAGCGCCGGAAGCUCUCGGCCUUCAAGGGCUUCUCCAGGAAGGUCGUGGUGAUCGUCCCGGCCGAGCCGGACUGGGAGCAGCGGCUGCAGCAGCGGCGCCAGGCCGAGGGCGACGACGUGCCCGAGUCCGUCAUGCUCGAGAUGAAAGCCAACUACUCGAUCCCGGAGAAGAGCGAGUACGUGGACGAGGUUCUGUUCGGGGAGCUGGGCCGGGACGAGGCGGCGCCGCUGGUGCUGCGCUGGAAGGAGGAGGCGCGGAAGCAGCUGCCGCCCUCGGAGAAGCGCGGCAACCGCCGCAACAACCGCAACAAGCGCAACCGGCAGAACCGCAACCGCGGCCAGGGCUACGUGGGGGGGCAGCGCCGGGGCUACGACAGCCGCGUCUACGGGGGCCAGCAGCAGCCGCAGUACUGGGGCCAGCCGGGCAACCGCGGGGUGAGCGCCCGCGGGGCCCUGCGGGGCCUUCCGGAACCUUCCGGGGCCUUCCGGAACCUUCUGGGGGAUUCCAGAUGGGUGGGGGGGCAGCGCCGGGGCUACGACAGCCGCGUCUACGGGGGCCAGCAGCAGCCGCAGUACUGGGGCCAGCCGGGCAACCGCGGGGUGAGCGCCCGCGGGGCCCUGCGGGGCCUUCCGGAACCUUCCGGGGCCUUCCGGAACCUUCUGGGGCAUUUCCUGGGGCAUUUUUGGGUGGGGGGGCAGCGCCGGGGCUACGACAGCCGCGUCUACGGGGGCCAGCAGCAGCCGCAGUACUGGGGCCAGCCGGGCAACCGCGGGUGGCAGAAUUACUACCAGGACAGAGACCGGUACUACAGGAACUACUACGGCUACCAGGGCUACCGGUGA